GUAGGCCACCGCUGCAGACGACUAUAUGUGGCGUGUGGGUGCAUGCCUUUGUGAGCAUGCAUGGCUGAUUAUUGUGCACUGCAAUAGACCGACAUGACCUGACUUUGCAGACUGUAGGUAAUUUGUAUCUAAUCUGGGUGUGGAGGAGGAAGAAGGACCUGCUGAACUGUAGAGGACUAACCCACAUUGCUCAGUAACAACAAACAUUGGUUAUGGCCCCAGUUACAGCUGCUGUAAAAGUUAUUGACUAUGCAGCACCAAUAUUGUCUCUGGGUUACUUCCAAGGUGAGAGACAAGCUUUCAAACGACUUUGAGCUUUUGAGUUUUCUUGGCUCGAGGAUAAAGCGGCUACAGCCUCACAGCCUAUCGGAUUAUUUCAAAUACAUGAAUGUCCUCCUUGAGAUAAUCAUCGGGUUAAGCAGUCAGAAAAAAUAACCGGCGAAUAACAAUGUGCUCGGUAAUAAGCAGAGUGAAACCAGUCCAACGGGCUCUGGCUCUCACGCUCCGCCUCAGAGCAAUCACCGAGGGUUCGAGUUACGCAGCGGCCGAGAUUAGGCGCUUCUGUCCCGGCUUGAGUGCUGUCACCGACCCGCUAAGAGCUACCAGCAGAUCAUACUGCUCCAGGAUGGCGCUGACCGAAGGACUGCUGUUCAGACAAUUGUUUGAAUCAGAGAGCAGCACUUACACCUACUUGCUGGCAGACACAGAGACCAAGGAGGCAGUCCUCAUCGAUCCUGUACUGGAGACUAUCGACAGGGACCUGAAGCUCAUACAUGAACUGGGACUCAAUCUAAAAGUGGCAGUAAACACCCACUGCCAUGCGGACCACAUCACAAGCACUGGGCUGAUGAAGAAAAGAUUGGUUGGGCUGAAGAGUGCAAUCUCCAAAUACAGUGGUGCCUCUGCAGACAUGCUCCUGUCAGAGGGAGACAAGAUCUCCUUUGGAAAACAUUAUCUGACAGUGAGAGACACACCAGGACACACUGAUGGCUGCAUGUUGCUGGUGUCUGGCGAUCAGAGCAUGGCUUUUACUGGAGACGCUCUGCUCAUCAGAGGCUGUGGCAGGACAGACUUUCAGCAGGGCUGUGCGAAGAAGCUCUAUGAAUCAGUCCAUCAGAAGAUCUUCACUCUGCCAGACCAGUGCCUCGUCUACCCAGCACAUGACUACUUAGGUCAGACGGCGUCUACGGUCGGUGAAGAGCGCAGGUUCAACCCGCGCUUGACCAAAAGCGCGGAUGAGUUUGUGAACAUCAUGAACAACCUGAAUCUCCCCAAGCCUAGAAAAAUAGAUGUUUCAGUGCCUGCUAAUCUGGUUUGUGGAGUACAGGAAGUCUGAAUGUCCUGCAAAAGGGAGGAACUACUUUAACCAAGGAAUCACUAUCAUAACCAUCAUACUAUCAUGAAAUCAGAAUCAGCUUUGUUGGCCAAGUGUCUGUGCAAGGAUUACAAUGCAUUUUCCACAUAGCAAAUGAUUAGCAUUUACAUUUUUGAAUCUAAACAGAUACGUUAAUCAAUAAUUGUUUACCAUAAAGUGCUUUAUUGUGUAUAUUUAUGUUAAUCUAAAGAUGUACAGUAUAUUUGAAAAGUUACCGCCAUUUGGAUGCUGACGUUAAUAUGACAAUGCUUAGAAUAAAAAUGCAAUCGGCUCUAUUUUAACCGGAAAA